AUGGCGGGCAACAAUUCUGACGCCAGCUUGAUGAACAAUAGCCACGCUGUGAUAGGAGACAACAAUAGCAAUCUCCUCACCCUGGAUAAUGAACUAUCAGGACCCGAUCUACUUAGAAUUGGGAGAUUCAAAUUUAGAGGAAAGACGGAUGAUCUACCACAAGACUGGUGGGUUGCAUCAACUGCUUUUCCUCUCAUCGCUGCCACAAUUGGCCCGUUGGCAAAUGUUCUUUCUAUUUCCGCUCUAGUGACAAAAUGGAGGGCUGACCUACCCGACGAUGGACAACUACCGUUUGGCUCUGAUGAAAAUGGAGUUGGCGUACCUGAUCCACAAUGGGAGAUUAUCCUAAAUGCGGUUUCCCUGGGAUGUGGGUUUGCUGGGAACUUUUUCUUGCUGCUGAACUUCAUGCGCAGGGUUAGGUAUAUCGUCGCAUUGCCUUUAACCAUAAUCUUCUGGUAUAUAUCUACUGGCAUUCUUAUUGGUAUCUUGGUAGCCAUGAACAUAUACGCCCCCCCUAUUCGUCCUGGCCAAACUUACUCUCAAGGAUUCUGGUCCGCAGUUAUGGCGGCUUCUUUGUACCUUUUUGGAUCAAUGGUUUUGAUGGUCAAUAUGCUCGGCUACUUCCUUGGUCAUUAUCCACAACAUUUUGAACUCGAUGACGUUCAAAGGACCCUCAUCUUACAGAAUAUGAUGUUUUUUUUGUGGCUCGCUGGUGGAGCUGCAAUGUAUGAGAGUGUCUGUGGUUUUCAAUAUGCCGAUGCCCUCUAUUUCUGUGAUGUCACGAUUUUGACGGUCGGUUUCGGAGAUUUCGUACCUAAUAAUAAUCUUGGUCGAGGACUUCUAUUCCCAUAUGCUGUCAUUGGCAUCAUAUUCCUUGGUCUUAUGGUCAACAGUCUGCGGAAGUUCGCAGCUGGUAUGUCACAGGAGAAGAUUGUUAAACAUCAUGCAAUGCGUCAACAACAGCAAACGUUCGGUCGUUCGGUUACAAAUGAGAAGGAAAUUCGAGAUCGUCUUGGCUUGCCUCCCAGAUCUAACGCACGUCGGCGUAGUGAAAUUGAAAAUUCCUCUGGAGCUUCUGAAUUAGCUCUACGCCGUCGAUCUUCGCUUGACCAAUAUGGUCAUUUCGAUAUUCAAGGCCGAACAGUUAUUUUCCAUCAUCAAGAAAGAGUACAUUCCCACGGUGGUCGAGGGGAGGCUGGUCGAGCACAUGAAUCAACUCCUCCCCUAAGUCGCGAUGCUAAGCUUCAGAAACGGGCGAAUAAUAAAUUUCUGCUGGUGAAGAAUCACAAGCGUCGAGAGAAACUGAUUCUGCUUCGAGAAGAAAAAGAUCGCUUUGAUGCUAUGCGCGACAUUCAAAGUAACGUUCGAAAAUUCAAGCAAUACUACGCACUAUCUAUGUCUGUCAUCGCAUUCGUUAUUCUUUGGUGCGGAGGUGCCACUGUCUUCUGGCGAGCCGAAAGGCGUGAACAAGAUAUGACGUACUUCGAGGCUCUAUACUUCUGUUACGUGUCUCUUCUGACUAUUGGAUAUGGCGAUUUUGCACCGAAAUCCAACGCUGGGAAACCUUUCUUUGUCGUCUGGUCCCUUAUCGCGAUACCUACAAUGACAAUCCUUAUUUCAGACAUGAGUUCCACCGUUAUAGCAGCUAUCAACCGUGGUACCUUUACACUAGCCGAUUGGACAAUCAUGCCGAAGGAGGGCGUCUGGCAUGAUUUUUUGAUAAACCAUCCAAAGAUACAUGCAUGGUUAUCAAGGAAGACUAGAGAGAGAGAGGCUAAAAAGCGUAUUCGACGUGGCUUCGAUGUGCAGAAUCCCGAUGAACCACAAAUAUCUAUAAAUAAUGACGCCGAUCCAGAUCCAGAAAUACCUCCGCUCGGCCAAGUUAUUGAGGAGAUCGAAGAACCAGCUGAUCAGACCGAACAUGAUCUAGCCCGGAAAUUAGCACUAGCUAUCAAACAUGUUGCGAAUGAUUUGCGAGCACCUAAACUCAAGAGAUAUAGCUAUGAGGAAUGGGUGGAAUUUACACGACUCAUUAGAUUUAGUACGCAUAACGCGAGGGAAGUAGAGGAGGAAGAGGAAGACGAGGGACUAGUGGAGUGGGAUUGGAUUGGGGAAGAUAGUCCCAUGUUAGCGGAUGUUAGUGAGAGUGAAUGGGUGCUAGAUCGGCUAUGUGAGAGUUUGAACAGGUACACGAGGCGACAGGGACGGGUUGCACGACAAGAACAAAGCGAGAUGAAGCAAUUACUAGGAGAGAAGAAAUAUCUUCAUCGAAAGGCACAUCAUAACAUGCAUUAUCCCGCACAUCCAGGACCGAGAACACCAAGUCUGGAAUUUAGAAGAAAUUCUGCGCCGAGUGGGAGCGGGGAUAGGACGAGUUUACGAGGUGGCCCAUUGUCCGAGAAGGAGGACGAGAAAGGAGAAGGUGACGAAGAUGAUGGUGGGGUAAAACGUCACAUUAUCUUUACUGGUGGUGUCCGUGACAAGGAAACAGGAAAUGACCUACCGUCGAGCAGUAGCGGAGAAGGAAGUGGAAACGGCCGUAAAACUCCCAUUGAUUCAACCUCGGAAGGACAUAAAAGCAGUAAUAGCAACGAAGAAAAUGAUACAACCGAAGCUCUAGAGGAUAGCGCAAGAGUCCUUUGA